AUGUUUGCAAUAAUUUUUUCUGGUGUAACAGGUUUAAUGGCUGGUGCAAAUAUGUCUGGUGAAUUGGCACGCCCAAAUGUUUCUAUUCCUAGAGGAACUUUACAGGCUGUUUUUACAACUUUAUUUACUUAUGUUUUCACAACAUUCCUUCUUUGCCUCUCCUGCUCUCGUAAACUUCUUCAACAAGAUUAUAUGGUUAUGGUUGAUAUAAGUGUAGUUCCGUCAAUUUUAAUGCUUGGGAUUUUUGCUGCUACUUUCUUUUCUUCAAUGAGCAAUUUAAUUGGAGCUUCUAGAGUUUUGACUAGAUUUGCUCAGGACAAACUCUUUGGAAAUUUAUUAAAACCAGCAACACUAGAAUUUGGUUCUAAACGUAAUCCACUCAUUUCUGUUAUAAUCUCUUGGGUUGGCGUUGUUUUUGUUUUAAUGAUUGGAGCAAUGAAUAGAAUUGCAAAGAUAACUUCAAUUCUCUUUUUACUUUCUUAUAUGGGUGUCAACAUUGCUACUUUGGCAUUAGAAUUGACUAGCGCUCCCAAUUUCCGUCCAAAUUUUAAAUAUUUUUCUUGGCAUACAUGUGCUUUGGGAGCUCUUUCAACGGUCAUAAUGAUGUUAGUUAUUGACACAUCUAUUUCUGCUGCUGCUGUAGUAAUGCUUAUGUUGUUAAUUAUGAUUUUGCAUUAUCAGGCUCCAAUUGGUUCAUGGGGUUCAAUUUCCCAAGCACUCAUAUAUCACCAAGUACGAAAAUAUUUAUUAUUGUUGGAUAUACGAAAAGAACAUGUCAAAUUUUGGCGUCCACAAAUUUUACUUUUGGUUAAUCGCCCAGCUACCUGUUUUUCUCUUAUGGAUUUUGUUAAUGAUAUAAAAAAGAGUGGAUUAUAUGUUAUUGGACAUGUACAAAGAGGAGAUAUGGGGGGAUGUAAAUUAAGUAAUGGGGGAGGUGAUUUAAGUAAACAAUCUCAGCAAACAAUGGAUCCGUUACAACAGGUAUUUCCAUAUUGGCUAUCUCUUGUCGACUACUUAAAAUUGAAAGCAUUUGUUGAAUUAACAUUAACAGAUGAUGUACGUAUUGGAAUACAACAAUUAACCCGUUUAAGUGGACUUGGGGCAAUGAAACCAAAUACAGUUAUUUUAGGCUUUCAUGAAGAAAAGCCUUGUGAACCUAUACUUUCUGAAACACAUUUACUCAAAGAAUUAAAAUUUUCUAAAAUUGGAAGAACUGAAGUUGUGGAAUAUUUUACUGCUAGUGAUUUUCCUCCAAAUUUUAAUUCUUUGGAAGGAAAUGAUAUUUCUUCAGCCAAUUCAACAACACGUCUAGAAGCUUUAGAAUAUGUCCAAAUACUCAACGAUAUAAUUAAUCUCAAUAAAAAUGUUUGUAUUGCACGUCAUUUUACUCAAUUUGACAAGGAAAUUUCAUUAAAGCAAUCAAGUCGCCGUUUCAUCGAUGUUUGGCCUUCCCACUUUUUCAAAAUUGCUGAGGAAGGAAAGGGAAAUAAAACUCCUGGGACUGGACUUAGAUGGGACAAUUCUUCCCUUUUUGUUUUACAAUUGGCUUGUAUUCUUUCAAUGUCUAGUAAAUGGAAAAAUACAACUUUACGUGUACAUAUUUGUGUGCAUAGUUUACAGGACAUGCAUUGUCAAGAACUUCAACUUAAAAGUAUGCUUGAACAAUUACGUAUUAAAGCAAAAACAGUAAUGGUACCUUGGGAUCACGUUUUGCAACAAAUUGAAAAAACAACUUCACAAACAUUUACUGAAAUAACAGAAUAUCCUUUACAAUUUGUAAAAGCAGUUAAUGAAACAAUUCAACGAAAUAGUGGAGAGGGGGCUGCUGUUUGUUUUUUAAAUUUACCAAAUCCACCUUUAAAUGCAAACAAAUCAGAAUAUUAUUUACAACAAUUAAGUAUUUUAACUGAUUCAUUACCCCCAACAAUACUUGUACAUGGACUGACUUCUGUUAUUUCAACAGCUUUGUAAUUGUUAAGGGAAGGUAAGAAAUUUAAAAACAUUUAUUUUAGGGGGGAUUUAAAAAUUAGGGGGUUGUUAGCGGCCGGUUAAUUUUUCCAUGUGGCGGCGCAACUAGAGGAAAAAAGAAAAGAGCAUUUGAACCGCCAUAAGGAAAAAUUAACAGAUUACCAACAACAAUAUUUAAAAUCUUCUUUAGAGACUUGCAUUAAUUAUCAGGAAGG